CAGAACCUGGUAUGCAGAAAGGACAAUCCAAUUCCAGUCCUUUUGGAGAUAGUCUGGUCGAGGGAACAUACAAGAGAACCAGCCCAGCAUAAGGGUAUGGGAAUUCUUCAUCUACUUAGAGCUUCACCAGGACUGAGGAGGCUCCCUGGAUGCCAGCCUUCGGAUGCUGACUGGGACGACCUAUGGGAGCAGUUUGAUGAACGACGGUAUCUGAAUGCCAAAAAGUGGCGUGUUGGUGACGACCCCUAUAAGCUGUAUGCUUUCAACCAGAGAGAGAGCGAGCGGAUCUCCAGCAAUCGGGCUGUCCCGGACACUCGCCAUCCCAGGUGCACGCUGCUGGUGUAUCACACAGCCCUUCCGCCCACCAGCAUCAUCAUCACUUUCCACAACGAGGCACGCUCCACCUUGCUUAGAACCAUCCGCAGUGUAUUAAACCGAACCCCUAUGCAUUUGAUCCAGGAAAUCAUAUUAGUGGAUGAUUUCAGCAAUGACCCUGAUGACUGCAAGCAGCUCGUCAAACUGCCCAAAGUGAAGUGCUUACGCAACAGUGAGCGGCAAGGUCUGGUCCGGUCCCGGAUGCGGGGUGCUGACAUUGCCCAGGGUGCCACUCUGACAUUCCUGGACAGCCACUGUGAGGUGAACAGGGACUGGCUGCAGCCACUGUUGCACAGGGUCAAAGAGGACUAUACGCGGGUGGUGUGCCCUGUGAUUGACAUCAUCAACCUGGACACUUUCACCUACAUCGAGUCAGCCUCCGAGCUCAGAGGGGGGUUUGACUGGAGCCUUCACUUCCGGUGGGAGCAGCUCUCCCCAGAGCAGAAGGCUCGGCGCCUGGACCCCACGGAGCCCAUCAGAACUCCGAUCAUCGCCGGAGGGCUCUUUGUGAUUGACAAAGCUUGGUUCGAUUACCUGGGGAAAUACGACAUGGACAUGGACAUCUGGGGUGGGGAGAACUUUGAAAUCUCCUUCCGCGUGUGGAUGUGUGGGGGUAGCCUGGAGAUCGUCCCCUGCAGCCGUGUGGGACACGUCUUCCGGAAGAAGCACCCGUAUGUUUUCCCUGAUGGAAACGCCAACACGUACAUAAAGAACACCAAGCGGACAGCUGAAGUGUGGAUGGAUGAAUACAAGCAAUACUACUAUGCUGCCCGGCCUUUCGCCCUGGAGAGGCCUUUUGGAAACAUUGAGAGCAGACUGAACCUGAGGAGGAAUCUGCAGUGCCAGAGUUUUAAGUGGUACCUGGAGAACGUCUACCCAGAGCUCAGUGUCCCACAGGAUUCCUCUAUUCAGAAAGGCAACAUCCGGCAGAGGCAGAAGUGCCUGGAGUCUCAAAAGCAGAACAACCAAGAGAUCCCAAACCUAAGGCUGAGCCCCUGUGUCAAGCUCAAAGGAGAAGAAGCAAAGUCACAGGGGUGGGCCUUCACCUACACCCAGCAGAUCAUCCAGGAGGAGCUGUGCCUGUCAGUUGUCACCUUGUUCCCUGGUGCUCCAGUGGUCCUCGUUCUUUGCAAGAAUGGAGAUGAGAGACAGCAAUGGAGCAAGACCGGUUCCCGAAUUGAGCACAUAGCAUCUCACCUCUGCCUAGAUACAGACAUGUUUGGUGACAGCACUGAGGAUGGCAAGGAGGUGGUUGUCAACCCAUGCGAGUCCUCUCUCAUGAGCCAGCACUGGGACAUAGUGAGCUCUUGAGGACCCUGGGUGGAUCCAGCAUGGGCUGGGAAGCCAUGCUUCCCUCGACCAGAACAGACUGGAAACCAGGCUAUGUACAGCCUGCGACUGUACCAGAUGCCCUGGCUGGAGGUGAAGCUGAGUCCCUCAGGACAAGAGCUGCUGUCUCAGGGAGGAGGCAGGAGAAGGUCGCAAGCUGGCAGGGCUCAGCGACAGACUCCAUGUGUGCGCCUUGCUGUGAAGAUCCGUCCUGGCCCAGUCUUCCCUUGAUUGGCACCUGGUGACAGAGAUCUGAUGGGAAGUGAUUGCUGUUCCUUUCUUACAAAAGAGGGACCCACGGAGGCCAGAGUGGGAAGCUUUCCUUGUCACCAGGCCAGGACUAAACUGGAGAUGCAGAAUGGAAGUGGUUUUCAGAACAAAUAAAAUUAACCUUAGAAGCUGUCCUUGGAUAUCUCUCAUGCUGCUGCUUCUUGUGUCUGCUCAGGGCCAAGCUGAUUUUUCCAUUGAAUGUGGGCAGGGGUGGGGAUGUUUUGUGGCAAGUGGGCAAAGGAGAAGACAGGCAGAUGGGAGACCUGUGACCUUAUCCUAGGUUGCCAGCUAGCUGUGUGAUCCCAAAAGCCCCGUCCUUCCUUUGGUCCUCCAUCUCCUGCUGUGUCACACGGGGGGGUGGGACCAGAAGGGUAUUUUUUACUGAUGAUGCAAAUGCUGAUCAAAGUACAUAGUGUGUGUUUAACUUUUUAUGACAGUAAAAGACACAUUGCCAUUCAUCUUCUUCAGAACACUCCCCCACCCUUUGAACACAAUUGUCUUUCUUACCGUUUCUGAAACAGUUCUGGAAGGCCUCUUUUAUGAACGUCUGUAGAAAGAUAUGAUCAAAAAUCUAGUGAAUGCUAUUGCUAAGCAUCAUUCAGCUGAAGAGCAGAUUCAUAGAAAUAUUACCUUUUUGUUUUGUUUUGUUCUGUUUGUUUUUUGAGAUAGGGUUUUGCUAUGUAGUUCAGGAC